AUGGAUCACCUUAAAGGGGUUGCUAACGGCCUCUUAUAUGAGAUUUCCCUAGUAUUAGGGAUUUACUGCCUCCUGUCUUUGACCGCUCUUGCUAUUACCCGUCUGGGAAAGGCAGGACAAGGAAGAGAUACCUCGGUUUGGAAGCCAGAAAGGAAAGGGAUCAGGCUCAGGUUCCGGUCCAGCCCUAGAGUCAAAAGCUGGGAGUGGGAGGAGUGGCAAACCUUCUUUCUUUCCUCUCUGAAUGCGACUCAUCGUCCAAAGAGCAGGACUGGUAAAACCCCAUCAUAUGCUGGUUCCCAGUUUGACACCAUUUCCACCAAGAGGCAAGUCCAAAUAUAUAAGUCAGAUCGAGUCAAGUGCACUAUAUAUCGACAGGAAAUUCCAAUUUCUACCUAUUUGUCGCCCUCGUUGGUCCGGUCCUCACGCGUAAAUAUAUCAAUAUGUUUGGAUCCGUGGUCCCUGCACCGUAUCCGUCAUCUGGGCCUCAAUAUCUCGAUGUCAGGGCUAGGUAGAUCUAGUCUUAUCGCUCACUGCAAAUCCGCUGAUCCGGGGUCUCUCGUAAUGGCGCAAUCCGGGUGA